AUGGGUGUACUAUCCGUAAAACCUUCUGGCAUUUUAAUUGAAUAUUGUUUUUCAUUCUUUCAAAUUCUAUUCAAAAAACCAUUAUCACCAAAAGGUGCUGUUGAAAUUGAUUCUAAUGAACAUAUAUAUGCACAUCCUGAUUACACUGAGAAAUUACAAGAUCCGAAAGUAUUUGGUAUAAAAACAAUAUAUGAAGCUAUUUUACAUGGUCUUAAAUUAGCUGGUGAUCGUCCAUUAUUUUCUACUAGACAAGCAUCUAAUCAACCAUUUAAAUCUCAUACUCAUAAAGAAGUAUUUCAAAUAAUUCAAGAAAUUGGUAGCGGUAUAAUUCAUACUGGUUUGAAACCAUCAAAUGAAACAUUUGUUGGUAUUUAUGGUUCUUCAUCAAUGGAUUAUGCAUUUUGUCUUUAUUCAACUUGGCCAUAUUCAAUGAUACCAAUUGGUAUCUAUGAUUCACUUGGUCAAGAUGGUGUUAAAUUUAUUAUAAGACAAACUGAUGUUGAAUUAAUAUUUGCUGAUAAUUUACAGCGUGUAAAAAACUUAAUUGAGUGGAAAGAUAGUACAUUAGCAUUAAAAACGAUUGUUUCUGUUCUUGAACUCACUGAUGAAUUAAUUAAAUUAGCAGAAGAAAAAAAAUUAAAUCUUCUUACACUUGAUAAAAUCAGAGAAAUAGGUCGUAAUAAUCCAGCUAAAGUUGUACCACCGAAAUCAUCUGAUACAGCAGUAAUUAUGUAUACAAGUGGAAGUACCGGAGAACCAAAAGGUUGUGUUAUUACACAUGAAAGUUUUAUGUGUGCAUUAUUUGGUCUUGUCAUAGCGGUUGAUAUAAUGAAAUCAUUAAAAACAAAGGAAACUCCUCGUGUCUUAAAUUAUAUGCCUUUAGCCCACAUGUUUGGUUGUGGAACAAUUGUUGGCGUAACCUAUUUAGGUGGAGAAAUUGGUUUUUGGCAAGGUAAAGUUGAUAAACUACCUGAUGAUUUUCAUGAUUUUCAACCAAACCUUCUCACUAUGGUACCUCGAUUACUUAACAAAUUAUAUGAUAAAGUUCGAUCAGAGUUUCGUAAAAAAGGCUUACUUGGACGUAUUCUAUUUCGAUUGAUUGUAACAAGUAAAUUAGCAAUGAUUCGACGUGGAAAUUUUGCGCAAAAUACAAUUUGGGAUAAAAUAAUUUUUAAUAGAAUUCGACAAUCAUUUGGUGGUAAAGUUACUCGUGUUAUUUCAACAAGUGCACCACUUUCACGUGAAGUUUGCGCAUUUUCACGAGCUGCAUUUUCUUGUUUAUUCAUUGAAAUGUAUGGUCAAACAGAAUGCGUUAUAGGCUGCUCUCAAACACCAAGUGAUAUUGAAUCAGGUGAAACAGGUAUUCCAACAGCAUUAAAUCAUAUUAAAUUAGUUGAUGUACCUGAAAAAGAAUAUUAUGCAAAAGAUGGUGUAGGUGAAAUUUGUAUUCGUAGUCCAGCCGUGUUUAAAGGUUACUUAAAAGAUGAAGCUAAAACUCGUGAAGCAAUCGAUGAACAAGGAUGGUUACAUACAGGUGAUAUUGGCCGAUGGACACUACAUCAAACAAUGCGAAUUAUUGAUCGAAAGAAAAAUAUGUAUAAGUUAAGUCAAGGUGAAUAUGUGGCACCAGAGAAAAUCGAAGAUGUUUAUGCUCGUAGUCGAUUUAUUUCUCAAAUCUUUGUUUAUGGUGAUUCAUUUGAAAGUUGUCUUGUUGCUAUUGUUGUUCUCAAUGAUGGUUUUGUUAAAAAAUGGGCUCAAACUGAAGGAAAUAAUGUUGAAACGAUAGUAGCACCAGAAUCAAAUACGAAACUAAAACAAACUGUCCUUGAAGAUAUGAAUCAUGAAGGUAAAAG